CAAAAGUUUAGACAGUCUUCAUGUCACCUGACGGCACCCGGGCUGGGAAAUAGGAGAGGCUUUUUUUUUUUGGCAGAAAACAAAGUUGGCUUUGUGGAUUAUGUUAUGUUCUCGUAUCUCAGCAAGGAGUUAUGAAAGCUGUGAAAAUUACCCUUUCCUAAUGCAGGUCAACCACCCCCCGGUGUAAAUGUGGUGUCAGAACAGGAAGUGCAGGAAACUCUCCCCAACAGCUCUUUAUGGUGAAAUCCGCAGAACAUGCCGCGUAGUCCCACUUCCAGUGAAGAUGAGAUGGCGCAGAGCUUUUCAGACUAUUCAAUGGAGUCCGAAUCUGACAGCUCAAAGGAGGAGACCAUCUAUGACACCAUCAGGGCAACGGCCGAACGUCCAACCAGCAGGCUGGAGGAUAUUCAGACCAACACCAUGGUCAUCAGGAUUGUAAUCCCAGACCUGCAGCAAACAAAAUGCGUCAGGUUUAAUCCCAAUGCCACCGUUUGGGUGGCAAAACAGAGGAUCUUGUGCACCCUCAACCAAAGUCUGAAGGAUGUCCUCAAUUAUGGCCUUUACCAACCCUACAGUAAUGGAAGAGAAGGAAAGUUCCUCGAUGAAGAACGACUGCUGCGGGAAUAUCCUCAGCCUAUGAGCAGAGGCGUGCCUUCCUUGGAGUUUCGAUAUAAAAAGAGGCUGUACAAGCAAUCCAGUAUUGACGAGAAACAGAUUGCCAAACUACAUACAAGAGCUAACUUGAGGAAAUUGAUGGACUACAUUCAGCACUGUUCUGUGGAGAAAAUCUGCAAAAUGUUAGAUCGGGGGCUGGACCCAAAUUACCAUGACCCAGAAAGUGGCGAAACUCCAUUCACUUUGGCAGCACAGAUGGACAACUCUACAGAAGUGAUUAAAGCUCUUUGCAAUGGCGGUGCUCAUCUGGACUUUAGGAGCAAGGAUGGAAUGACAGCUCUGCACAAAGCAGCUCGAGCAAAGACGCAAACAGCUCUUGUGACCCUGCUGGAGUUGGGGGCAUCUCCUGACUACAAGGACAACCGUGGCCUGACUCCUCUCUACCACACCGCCAUGGUGGGAGGAGACCCCUAUUGCUGUGAGCUGCUCCUUCAUGAACAUGCCAGUGUUGGCUGCAAAGAUGAAAAUGGCUGGCAGGAAAUUCACCAGGCAUGCCGAAAUGGUUAUUAUCAACAUUUAGAGCACCUUCUGUUUUACGGCGCCAACAUGGGGGCACAAAAUGCAUCUGGGAACACUGCGCUGCACAUCUGUGCCCUCUACAACCAGGACAGUUGUGCACGCGUUUUGCUUUUCAGAGGAGCCAACAAAGAAAUAAAAAACUACAACAGCCAGUCCCCAUUCCAGGUUGCUAUAAUUGCUGGAAAUUUUGAGCUUGCUGAGUUCGUUAAAAACCAUAAGGAAACUGAUAUUGUGCCGUUCAGGGAAGCUCCCAGCUACUCACACCGGAGGAGGGGGCUACAGAGCACUUUGGCAGCACCCAGAGUCCUCCUCCGCUCCAACAGUGACAACAACCUCAACGUCAACAACAUUCCUGAGUGGUCUGCUGCCUCAUCUUCUUUACACCGCAGCCUCUCACCACAGUUGCUGCAACAGAUGCAGAAUAAUCCUAAUGGCACUGUAAAAACUAUUGGGAGCUAUUCCCAGGUCCCCCGGAGCCGCUCGCCAUCUUUGAACCGUUUGGGAGAGGAUGCAAAGAGACAGCAGCACAGGCACGUCAGUCCUGGUGCCAACAAGGAAGCGGCCUCUACUGGGGAUUAUCAGGGACCAAAGCGAAAGCUGUACAGUGCUCUUCCUGGAAGGCAUUUUGUUGUGGUGAAACCGUAUCAACCUCAAGUAGAAGGCGAGAUUCCCCUUUACAAGGGGGACCGGAUAAGAGUUUUGAGCAUUGGAGAAGGAGGAUUCUGGGAAGGAAAUGCUAGAGGGCACAUUGGGUGGUUUCCUGCAGAAUGUGUGGAAGAGGUUCAACCCAAGCCAAGUGAAGGUCGGCAAGAAACACGCACAGAUAGAACUAAAAAAUUAUUUAGACACUAUACUGUUGGAUCUUACGACAGCUUUGAUGCUUCCAGUGACUGCAUUAUUGAAGAGAAGACUGUGGUCCUACAGAAAAAGGAUAAUGAAGGCUUUGGAUUUGUUCUCCGAGGGGCAAAAGUCAGUCACAGACCUGGAACAAACACACUGUCAGUGAAAUCAGAUCCAUAUUUUGUUUCCACCUCCUACCAAAUAACAAACACGGACACUCCUAUUGAGGAAUUUAACCCAACACCGGCCUUCCCUGCUCUUCAGUACCUGGAAUCAGUGGAUGAGGAUGGGGUGGCAUGGCAAGCCGGCCUGAGGACCGGAGACUUCCUUAUAGAGGUGAAUAAUGAGAAUGUGGUUAAAGUCGGCCAUCGGCAAGUGGUUAACAUGAUAAGGCAUGGAGGCAACCACCUCGUUCUGAAGGUUGUGACGGUGACCAGGAGCCUAGAUCCGGAUGAUACAGCCAGGAAAAAAGCCCCUCCACCUCCAAAGCGGGCUCCCACCACUGCGUUGUCCUUGAGGUCUAAAUCUAUGACCUCCGAGUUGGAAGAAUUUGCAGUGGAUAAAGCUUCUAUACGGAAAAAGAAGGAUAAAAACGAAGACUCUACCCCAAUAGCCAAGCCUUUAAGACCCGUGGACAACAUGCCAGUAGAUUCCAGGGUGGCUACAAUUAAGCAGCGCCCAACAAGCAGAUGCUUCCCUCCUGCUACAGAAGCCAAUUCCAUAUAUGAUAGGCAGGGUAUCGCUGUAAUACCGCCCACUGUUCCAGGAAGCCCUCAUGGCCCAUUUCUGGGUGUACCUCGUGGUACGAUGAGAAGGCAGAAAUCUAUAGACAGCAGAAUCACUCUGUCAGGUAUAACAGAGGAAGAGAGACAAUUUUUGGCUCCUCCGAUGUUAAAGUUUACUAGAAGUUUAUCCAUGCCAGAUGCCUCAGAAGAUAUUCCACCCCCUCCAGCAACAUUGCCUCCAUCUCCACCUCCUCCUUUAUCUCCGGCACCAUUCAACUCGCCCAAGUCUCCUACUCCUCGGGGAUAUGGAACCAUUAAACCAACAUUCAACCAGAAUGCAGGAACAAAGUCCCCCUCUCCAGCUGUGCGUUCAGAUACUGUAGGGACAAUACUGAGAGACAAGGGCAUGUAUUAUAGACGUGAGACUGACCGCUUCUCAUUGGACUCCGAGGACAUCUAUAGUUCAAAAAAGUCAACCCAACAAAAUUUUGUAAAUAAGAGAGCGCAAAUGCCAGAGAACCCAUACUCAGAAGUAGGCAAGUUGGGUAACAAGGCUGUGUAUGUGCCAGCUAAACCUGCCAGAAGGAAGGGAAUGCUUGUGAAACAAUCUAAUGUGGAGGACAGCCCCGAAAAGACUUGUUCCAUUCCUAUCCCAACCAUUAUCAUUAAGGAACCUUCAACUAGCAGUAGUGGGAAGAGCAGUCAGGGAAGCAGCAUGGAAACAGACCUCCAAGCCUCAGAACAGCAGGGACAAUUAAGGCCAGAUGACAACCUUAAUGCGAAUAGUCCAUUUGCUGCAGCCAUUGCAGGAGCAGUGAGGGACAGGGAGAAAAGGUUAGAGGCCAGACGGAACUCUCCCGCUUUCCUAUCUACAGAUCUUGGUGAUGAAAGUGUUUGCCCCACACCUAGCCCAAGGUUGCGGCACUCCAAGUCAAUUGAUGAGGGAAUGUUCUGCAAUGAGGAGAGCUUUAAGCACUUCACGGGGCCAACCUCUCUCAUUUUAACAAGUGGAACUUUGAAUGCUUUUGGUACCAAUGGAGACAUGAACAACAUACGGUCAGUGAAGGGAAAAGGACAUGAAAACAACACUGGUAAAGGGAUUAGCAUUUCUGGAAAUUAUAUGCAUCCGGUGACAGGGAAAUUACUAGACCCCAACUCUCCUCUAGCACUUGCAUUAGCAGCUAGAGACAGAGCCAUGAAAGAGCAAAGCCAGCCCACCCCAAUCCCCACAGAGCAAGAUAAGUCUGACCUGAACAAGCCACUCUUCAUUGAUACCAAACUACGGCCCAAUGCAGAAAGCUCAUUCUCCGGGGCAGCUGUCAGUUCAGGUAGGUCUAAUCAGCGCGGGGUCCUAAAAAGACAAGAGACUGAGAAUAAACAUGAACCUGAUGCAGCAAAGGAGGAGAAACGUCACGAGGAGAAAAAAAACAUGUUGAUCAACAUCAUGGACACCUCACAACAGAAAACUGCUGGGUUGCUCAUGGUUCAUACAGUAGACACCACCAAAGCAGAGGAUGUUCUUAGUGAAAAUGAAUGUGCAGAGAAAGACACAUCUCUAGAAACUCCUAGUGCUCCAGCAUCAGAACCUAAUGAGAUUUCUGAAAAUGUGUUACCCAAAACAAGUGACUCUGGUACCCCUGCACCCCCUAACAAAGCCAUUGUAGCUGUUUGCUCUGUGGAUGAGCCCGUCAUCCUACCCUUCCGUAUCCCUCCUCCACCAUUUGCCUCAAUAGAUGUGGACGAGGACUUUAUUUUUACUGAACCACUGCCUCCUCCUCUUGAAUUUGCCAACAGUUUUGAUAUCCCAGAGGAUAUGUCUGCAAUUCCAGCCGCCACCCUGGCAGACUUGUUGAUGCAGAGAAAGCAUGGCAACCUCCCUCCUGGUAUAUUUAAUCCUGGUAUUGCCUCUCUUUCUUUAGAAAGUAGAAAGCCAGGGGCUCUAUCCAACUGUCUGCCCACCUCAUUCAUGCAACACCCUGAAAGCUUUGACAAUGUCACAGACUCUGGGAUAGAGGAGGUGGACAGUCGUAGUGGUAGCGACCACCACUUAGAGACAACAAGUACAAUUUCCACUGUCUCCAGCAUAUCUACCUUAUCUUCAGAGGGUGGUGAAAACUUGGACACAUGUACAGUCUAUGCAGAUGGGCAAGCAUUUCUAGUGGACAAGCCCCCAGUACCUCCAAAGCCAAAAGUCAAGCCCAUAAUCAACAAGAGCAAUGCACUUUACAAGGACGCUGUCCUGGAAGAAAACAUGGACACUUUUGCUAUCCCUCCUCCUGCUCCACCUCCACCGCCCCCAUUAGGUUUGCAGCCUGCUAUAUUUAAACCUGGGCAACAAAGGACCUCAAAGCUAUGGGGUGACUCCCCGGAGGUGAAAAACGUAGUCAUACCCAGUCCCAAAGCCAAUGUUAUUAGUGAAUUAAAUUCAAUAUUGCAACAGAUGAACAGAGAAAAGGCCACAAAAACGGGAGAAGGAUUAGAUUCACCCACUGGGAUGAAAACUGCAAGUUUCAGUACAAGGGGCUCAGAUGCAUUGAGUACAGUCUCAGGUAACAGAAAUACCACAGUCACUUUUACUGUCCGUCCUGGAGCAAACCAGCCAAUCAUGCUACAGAACAGGACACCUGAAUACGACAGCAGGAUAGUUGGUAUGAGGCGAGCGCCCAGCCCUGUGGUAUCUCCGGCUGAGAUUAUGAGAGAUAUCAAGCCUGGUCCACUGUCCGCUCCACCCGCCUCCAUGUCUGAUGUCUUUAUUCUACCAACUCCACCCCCCACUGGGGACCUCUUUGGGAUGAGUAUGGGGAGAAGCAGGUCCCCCUCCCCUUCAAUUUUACAACAGCCAAUCUCCAAUAAGCCUUUUUCAGCAAAGCCUGUCCAUAUGUGGACUAAACAAGAUGUCGCCGACUGGUUGGAAAGUCUACACCUGGGAGAGCACAAGGAGAUGUUUAUGGACAAUGAAAUAGAUGGAACCCACCUACCAAGCCUUCAGAAAGAAGACUUGAUAGAUCUGGGAGUCACAAGAGUAGGACACAGAAUGAACAUAGAACGAGCAUUAAAACAGCUUUUGGACAGAUAGAAGUACCUUGCCUUGCUUCUUCAGAUUUUCUUUUCCUGACAGUUUCUUAUAGGGGUCCUUAAAUUACUUAAGGAAAACACAAAUUUAGAAAAAAAAUCUUUACUGCAAGUUUAAAUAGCUGUACAGAUAAUUUAUAAGCACAAUAUUUUAAGGAGAUAAGUGGCUGGUCUACUGGGCAGCCUUUGUGCCACUAUAGUUGUAGAAAGAAAAUGGAAAACAAAAAAAAAAAAACACUUUUGUGAUUUAAUAUAAUACUAUUUCUGUGGAAUAAUUAUUUGGAAAAAAAAAACUUAGUUCAGCCUUUUUAAAAAAAAUAAAUAGAAAAAUAAAUCAGCCUCAUUUGAAUGCACAUGAACCAGCUGAGCUGUGUUGUAUUUUCUAUCUUUCUAGAACUUCUUCAAAGAAGAAUAGAGCUUUUCUCUUCAGCAGUGGGUAACGGAUAAUGCAGUGGGUACUGCAAAUGUAGAAAAUGUCACUGACACCCCCUUAUGGAAACAAAGUCAUUUGUCCCUGUACAGAGUCAGAGGGACCUGCUGUUUUUGGCCUGGUUGACCGUGGCCCUCCUCUGAGACUGGACGGGGGGGGGGGGGGGUCUUGAUCUUACAUGUUCUUCUUUUGCAGGUACUAAUUUGUAUCCAGGUUCAUAUUUAUCAUUGUAAUAAUAAAAAAACAAAGAGAAAAAAAAAACAAGCAAAAAGGUGUUUUAUUUGAAAGUAUUUCUGGUUGUGUUUCCAUAAUCAGCUGGGUGAGACUGUAUUAAAUCCACUAACAUUCUUUAAUAUUUUUCCACAAUCCAUUAUCUUAUAGUGGAAAGCUCACCUUAUUACAAAGUGUACACAAUGGUUUUUUAGCCAUCAUUGUCUUCCACUUGGUGAUAAAUUUCAGAAUUAAAACUGUAAAGCAGAAAGGCCAUGUUACUUUUCUUUUUCUAUUGAAUGCAUAUGGUAUUACCUCUUGAUAUGUGCCAGGAAACUGUUGCAAUCUGCUUGUGACGCGGUCAUCGCUGGUGAACGAGACAGUUGCGAACUAGAAUCAUUUGUGUGAAUGUGGAUCCUUCAACAGUGAAAGUCACGCCUAACAUAAGCAAACAAAAGCUUCAGAUAGCCACAGCUUGAAGGCCCGCCACUUUUUCUUGCAUUAAGGCUUGCAAGACCACUUCCAAUCACCUCUGUGGUAAUUGGGUGCCACCAUACAUACACAACACCUCAUGUGUAUGACACGUGUCUAUCACAGGGGUAAAUGCGGGCCACUUUGCGCACUUCAACGCCUACUGGUUGUGGAGCACUAUACCGCAUCUGAUUUGUUUAUUUUCCUAUGAGGCCUACAUUGAAGUGAUAUUCACUGUACUGAAUGACUAGGACUAGCAACUCUAUGGCUGCCCCCAUUGUGCCUGAGUGACCAGUGCACUUAUACAGUGAGGGGCCUUGCUCCCUGAAUGGUUUUGUAUUUUCUUUUUUUCUUUUGCUUGAGUAGACUUAUUUUCAGGCACCUGACUAAAAAUAUGUAUUUACUAGAAAUAAGAUGAAUGGUUAAAGAGCUAACUAAAUAGUAUAUUUUUACACAGUAUCUUAUUGAAAGGGUGUAUAGGGUGGAAGUAUGUCCAUAUUUGCUAUUAAAAAAAAAAAUGCCAUAAAAAAAAAAAACUUAGUAGAAGAACCUAUGUGCUGCCGGUUCUGUAGAGUUUCAUCCGUAAGUAACAAGGAUGGAGGAUGGCCCUGAUCAAACAGGAACCAAUAGCAAGGAAAGUGUCAAAGAUCAAUAACCUGCAUCUGGUUCUAGACUGUACAGUGGUACAGACAUGGUAGCGUUGCGUUUCAUUGCUACUUGGGGAUUUUAGGCUUAGAACUUUUUUUUUGUUACAUAGUGUAAUUUAAGAGAGUCUUUUUCUUGACAUAUCUAGUUUAUGUAAUUUUCUGUGUAUACAAACACCAAAAUUUUACAAAAAAAAAAAACGAAUCUUGUAAAUUGUGUAAAACUUGCACAGCUGCCAGUGCUGGGGAAUUCUGCAAUUCUCCUUUUAUUAUAUAAUUAUACAAAUGACUACAUGUGACUGUUUAUUAACUAUAUCACAGAGUUCUUUUUUUCUUUUCUUUUUUUUUUCUAUAUAUAAUUCUGUGAUACCUUGUUUAAUUAAAUUCUGUUCCUUGAAACCUUCAUAAUUUUAAUUCGGAUAAAACCAUGUCAGAGCCAAAACUCACCACCUGAGUCCCACCCUGCACCACCAACAAUUAUUAUUAUUAUUUUAUUUUUAUUUUUAAGUGAGUCUGUUCUUCUCUCUAGUUUUGUGUUACAGCCUGUGUUCACGUUGUUAAUGUUGCUGUAUUUUUGUGCUUUUAAUUCCAAUGAUAAAGAACAAAUUAAAGGAGAAAAAAAAAAUCAAGCUACUGUAAUUGCACUUUUCCAAAUCCUCAAAACUACUGUAUGGCAACCAAAUUACUGUAAGACAAAAUAAAUAUAAUAUUGCACUAAGAUUGUGGCUCUGAUUGCAGACUUAAAAACAAAAUGUUCUGUACGGAAUCAAUAAAAAUGAUGUUGCCAAUUCCUGAAUUGAGGCUUUUAAAUUGUAUUGAAGAAGCACUGUAAGUGCAGCCUUGACAAAUGCAUAUUAUUCUACUCAGAGAUGUACCAGUCAUUAAAGGAGAUUUACAAAUAAGGAAA